AUGCAGAGGAAGCUACGGACGAUGACGACAGUGGACAAACUCAUGGAAAUCAUCCGUGAAGACUUGGAUGGGCUGACAGUCAGCAUUGAUGGACAGAAGCGACAUGUGCGCUUCUUCGGGAUGAAGGGUGACCUCAAGUGGUUGGCCCAGGUGUUCAAGUUGCCGUGGCCUUACAUCAGAAUGGAGAUUGUGCUCAUUGCUGAAAAUUAA